CAGCGGGUCUGCUCUGAAGACGGGCUCGGUCCCGUCCAGGCCUGUCCAGGACUGGGAGGAGGAAUAAAUGGUUUAGUCCUGUGGGAGUCUGAGGCCCAGACCCCGGCCCCCCUCAGAGGAACGGUGGGGUUUCUGGACCAGAACGUUUUGUGCCGCAGGAAAAUCCCAGAUGAAGAUUCCCAAAAGGCGGAAAAGGAGCGGACGGUGCGCCAGAUAAAUGGCUCUUUUAAGCUUGGAGCUGCUCGAGUUCUGUCUGGCUGGCAGAUGCAGUGCCUAGUCCCCGGCCACCAGGACAACGGCAACAUGAACGGGACGUCUGAGCAGGCCGACAUCCUGCCGCCGAACUGCAUGGUCAAAGACCGGUGGAAAGUGCUGAAGAAGAUUGGUGGGGGUGGGUUUGGGGAGAUUUACGAGGCCUUGGACCUGCUAACACGGGAGAACGUGGCGUUGAAGGUGGAGUCAGCCCAGCAGCCGAAGCAGGUGCUGAAGAUGGAGGUGGCAGUACUGAAGAAGCUGCAGGGUAAAAACCAUGUCUGUAAGUUUAUUGGCUGUGGUCGGAAUGACAAAUUCAACUACGUGGUCAUGCAGCUGCAGGGUCGUAACCUGGCCGACCUGCGGAGGAGUCAGCCUCGGGGAACCUUCACUAUGAGCACCACCCUGAGGCUGGGCAAACAGAUCCUGGAGUCCAUCGAAGCCAUCCACUCAGUGGGUUUCCUGCACCGUGACAUAAAACCGUCGAACUUUGCAAUGGGCCGACUUCCUUCCACAUACAGGAAGUGCUACAUGCUGGACUUUGGGCUGGCACGGCAGUACACGAACACCAACGGAGAGGUCCGACCGCCGAGGACCGUGGCAGGUUUCAGAGGAACGGUCCGCUACGCUUCAGUAAAUGCUCACAAAAACAAGGAAAUGGGUCGCCAUGAUGACCUUUGGUCCUUGUUUUACAUGCUGGUGGAGUUUGCAGUUGGACAGCUACCUUGGAGGAAGAUCAAAGACAAGGAGCAAGUUGGCCAGAUUAAAGAGCGAUAUGACCAUCGGAUGCUGCUCAAACACAUGCCUUCAGAAUUUAGUGUGUUCCUGGACCACGUUCUGGCCCUGGAUUACUACACCAAACCAGAUUACCAGCUGCUGAUGUCAGUGUUUGAGAACAGCAUGAAGGAGCGAAUCAUCACUGAAAACGAGCCCUUCGACUGGGAGAAAGGUGGAAGUGAUGCCACUCUGUCGACCAGUGCCUCCACUCAACCACAGCACAACACCCGACCGACCGCGGCCAUGGUGGGUGCCAUAGUGACGCCGGUUCCAGGAGACCCACAGAGAGAAAACACAGACGACGUUCUGCAGGAUGAACAUCUCAGCGAUCAGGAGAACGCUCCCCCUCCCCCACCGAGCCGACCUCCUGGGGAGACAGCCGUCCAACAGCAUGCUGAUGAGCAGGGGGAGGCCUGGGAGGACACAGACUUCAACCGCAACAGACUCAGGAUCAGCCUGAACAAGGGCGCUCAGGAAGAGGAAGCAGGUCGGGGGGCCUGUCCAGUGUCGCCAGUUCGAGGUGGAGGCCCGGAGUCGCCAACAGGUCAGGGUCGGUCUUUACGAUACCGUCGGGUGAACAGUCCAGAAUCUGACCGCCUGUCCGCCGCUGAGGGUCGAGCUGACGGCUUUGGACAGAGGUCUAGGAUGGACAUGCUGGGCUCUCCAUCCCGUCACGUCUACUCCUCGCAGCCAGCUCAGAUGCUGUCUGUUGACCCUGGUUGCCGUGGCGAUCGUCAGGUCAGUGGUCGCCAGGAGGUGUCAGUGGCUUCUGUGGACCAGGAGGCACACAGCAACGCUUUUAUCCGGUCUGUUCCUCUGGCUGAGGAGGAGGACUUUGACAGCAAAGAGUGGGUGAUCAUCGACAAAGAGGCUGAGCUGCGAGACUUUCUUCCAACUACGUCAGGGACCACUGACGAGGAGCCUGAGGAGCUCCGCCCCCUGGAGGAGCAGGAGGAGAGGAAGAGGCUCAGGGCUGGAGCUGGUGAACUGGUGGUCCGUCCAAAAACUCAAACCCGCGAGAACAGCCGGGGAAUGCUAACGUUAACGGAGGAGGAAGCCUCAAGGAGGAGUGGCGGGAGCCCUGCACAGUCACCGUGCCACUCGCUCCCCUCGGGUCGCCCUCGCCGGAGAGAGUCGGAGCCUACUGGACCUCAAAGACCGGUGUUGUCACCCACGGAGCAAAGAACCCCAUCACCAUCCUCUCCAGAUUAUCGGACAAAGGGCCAGACUGAUGAGAUGGAGCAUUUCCACAUUCUUCCUCAGCUGCAGGCCAAGAGGGCCGAUUUCCUCACUGUAGUGUUGACUGGCACCUUGCCACAGCGUCGGAGCUUUGCCACACCAGAUGAAGAGGUCCCGGAACCUCUUGGGCCAAAAGACGAUGAUGUUACAAAGAGCGAGUCCAACAGCGAAGCCAGUCAGAAAAGUACUGAACGUAGCCAAGAUGCUGCACCUUCAACCCUCAUGGCCGAAGACCAGAGAGGCCAGAAGGAGCAUGCCUCAGCUGCUGAUGCUGAUCCUGAUCUGGAGGAUGCAUCAAAAACACUUGUCCUGUUUUCACCCGGAGAUACCCGUAAGUCUCCCUCUGGUGGGGAUCACGGUCUAGAAGGUGAGUUGGCAACGCCGUCUGCACCAACCUCCCAUACUGACCGCCUUCUGGUUGGGGAGGGAAUCCAGAUUGAACCCUCUGAGACUGGCCGCCUGUCGCCAGCUUUAAGAUCAGAGUUGAGACCCUCGACUCCAAUUGCUCCUGGAUCGCCGCCAUUCACCAAAGUUGAGCGCACUUUCAUUCAUAUUGCAGAGACGUCACACCUUAAUGUUAUGUCUUCCAAUGGUCACUCUGUAAAGGAGAAUGACAGGGAAGUCUUUACUGUUACAAAGGGACUGUCCUUAGAGGUUGACAACCAUGAACACGAGGAAGCACCAGUGGCAAAACAAGCUCCGGAGGAUUUUGUACCAGACCAAACCUCAACAGAUGACAAACUGUUAAAAACUGAAAAUGGUCCAUCAGGUGUCUUGGCACUGUCUUUAGAGCUUGUUCCAAUGGACUCCUUACCAGUUCAGGAUCAUAAAGACCUAUCUCAAAAACUUGAGAAACUACUAUCAGCCACUGGUGAAGCUUUGGAGCUUCAGACUGCUGGAGCAGAAUUACCUGCUGCUAUUAAGCCCAAAGUGCGAAGCAGAAUCCCCAUACUUAUCAGUGAGGACUCGGGGUCAGAACAGUCUUCUUCUGUGUCAGCUCGAGCUCAGCUUCAGCAGCGGGCCAGGCAGCUUGACUUGGCACGCUUGCUGGUCCAGAAGCAACAGGGUCGCUGGAUGAGGAGGAGGAUGCUGUCUGGAACAUCAUCGUCAUUGUCCUCUGGAGAUGACGAGCGCUGGAGAGUGUCAGAAACACUGUCCACCACGGAGUCAGAGGAGGACAUGCAUACCUCUGAUGAGUCAAAGAGAAGCUCCCGUCAUAAACCAGCUGAAGAGCAGGGCUCCAAAGAGUGCAGGAGCAAGAUUCCUAGGCCUGUCACCCCCGUCAAAUGUCCUGCUGGGGCGGUUGAUGCUGCUGUUGCUUCUCCUCUCUCCUUACCAGACCCCAACAGUACCAAAGCAGCAUCAGUCCUCAUUAAUGGAAAUCAGAAAACUGGACUAAGCUGCCAACGGAAACCCAAGCCCGUCUCAUCCCGGUCCUCCUCCUCAUGUCCUCGUCCAUCAGCUGCCUCUGCUCUGCCUGGCAGUCCUCGAAUGCCCCUACGUGUCUUGCUAGGAACACGACGCAGCCUCAGCUCCACUCACUGCAGGACUGACAGCCCCUCCCCUCAAAGGGCAUGCCCAUCCAGGCAGCCGCUCUCUGUUCGAGCUCCUACUGUCCCCAUGCUAUCACCCAGGACUACAACAACCAUGCGACGCAGCACCUCGCAGGAAGCCACUGCGCAGUCCUCCUCCAUGCCUGCCAAGACCAGGCCAAAAGCUGCCACUGUUGCUAAGGGGAAACCCAGUACCACGGAGAAGGUGGUCCCUACUAGAUAAUACAAAGAAACUCAUGCUUGAGACCUUCUCGUGUAUAAUCAGUCUUUACGCUACGCCUCAAAGGUUUUCACCCGAUUCAAAAUAGACUGCAAUGUUAAAAUGAUCUCUAUCGAUUCAUUUAAUGUAUUCAGACAUUGUAUUUUUCCAAGGACAGCUAACUGAACUGUAAUUAUGGGCUUCCAGUAAUCCUGACUGACUUUUGUUCAGGAGCGUUGCUGCCACGGUGCUACGGACAUGUCUACUGCUCUCUAAUCAACCCCUGAGUUGUGCUCCCCCAAAAAUCCAUUUUCAGAUAUGCUC